GUCUGCUUCGACAAAGCGACUGCAGUCUCAACACAUCGUGCACUCAAUUAUCGUUGCCAUGAAAGCGCGCAUUUUGCUCGUCUUCAGCGCCUGCAUCACAGGGGCCUGGAGCUCGGACGACUUAGAGCUCUACGCGUGCCAGAAACGGCUGAUGGAAAGCGAGGACCUGUCCAACAACACCAUAACCAUCCACUUACCUUGGGACGAGUUUGACGUGGACCGGGUCUCGUAUUUCGACCGCUUCAGUAAAGUGUUGCUGGACCGGGGAACUCUAAUAGGAUUUCAGGACGAGCUUCUGAAAAACAAGACCGCGUGGAAGGGAGUUAUCGAUUCCGCCGGACAUAAAGUGACCCACAAUAUUACCAUAGACGGUCUGUCCGUCAAUUUCAGGGCCUUCGUGACCCACAGCAGGUUUCCCCUUAUCGGUAAAGCGGCGAGCGCCCUUGGACUGGCCUGGACGGACACGCACGUCCUGACCAUGACGGCGAAGAAACUGACUGCUCAGGUGGACCUUGCCCUCGUUCACGGAGACAAAUGCCUCCUGUCGCUACCCAUCUGGAACAUGGAGACGGAAGUCAGGGUAUAUCCCCAAGUGGACUUUGCCGAAGAACGCCAGAAGAAGUUUGCAGCAAAGCUCAAGAAACGUAUUGCAGACACUCUUAGGAGGACCAUAGAGACCAUGUACAGGAGAGCUUUGUGGUAAUCCUAAUAAGUAAAGCAGCAAUAAACCCUUUUCAAAACCCAAUAAAAGGAUCUGGGAAAAAAGAGGCGGGGGGGGGGGACUGAGUCGAGUUCAAGUCGAACUUUGUCGUAGCCAUCAAAUCCAACACGUCCUCACAGUGAGUGCCCAAAACAGAUUGAGCACACUAUGGGAAUAGUUUCUUCGAUACCUCAACAUUCUAGCCCGUCCUCGCGACACCUGGUUAAAUUAUAGCCGUCUUCUGCAGCUAUUUUUAGUAUAGCUUAAACAAGUAGUCUUCGGCAGAAUGAAAGGUGUUUCUUAAUACUCCUUUGAGCAAAAAAAAAAAAAACAGUUAAGAAAUGUUAUAAAAAUUUUUUUGUUUCGUUGU